AUGCCCGACGACCAGACUCAGCAGCAGUCCACCAAUGGACCUCCUGCAUCCCNNCCUCAGGUCGAUGAAUUCGGCCUCCCUAUUCGACCUACCAGGACAAGGACCUACGAUCAAGAGGAAGACACAGACCAGGAAGCUUCUUCCUUGACCUCCGAGGGCCUCAAUGCGACCAAACAAGACUCUUCAAAUGGUACCUCCGAGGCCUCAGAGCCUCCUCCUUCGACCGAUGCGACAAUAACGAAACCAAGCACCGUUGAUCAACAUGAUCUUGCUCAAGCCGCAUCCUCUAUUGAAGACCCUAAUGUUCAUACAACAACGGUUGAGCCUGCUACCUCUACGACCGAACCCGUCAUUCAUGAUCAAGCCCAGCAAGCCGUUAUCGUCGCCAAUUCCGACUCACUCACACAACCCCUCGCCGGCGCAUCUGAAUGGUCACACCAAGCUGUGACCGCUGCUCCUGCUAAAGAAAAACAACCCGAAGAGAGUGAGCUAGAAUGGCAGGAGAUGCCAGCCUUUGCUACCCACACCAUAUACGAUGAUUGGGGCAAGGUUGUUGCGCGCGAGGUCGCAGAACUUGAGGACGAGGACUAUGCAUACGGCAAUGCUGCAGCCAAGGGUUAUACAAGAGUUCAGCUCGACGAUGAUGUUCAAUCUGCCACCAGUAUGGACGAAGAUACUGCGUACCUCUUCAAGCCUGAUGCUGGUGGCAAUACCUUGGACGAAGACGACAGCCGCGACGUCCUCUCACAGAUGCAAGCUACAAAAGACCUUUUGACUGAAGGACAACGCAUCGCAUAUGUUGGUCUUGUACGUGUCUCCAUGUUCCAGAUGACCAAAUUCCUCGAAGGACUCGACAAGACUCGGUCCACCAAGAAACAACUCGACAUUGCCAUAGAAUCCAUGCAGAUGUGGGCUCAGAAGAUCAUGGUUCGACUGUACAGUCACAUGGAUCUAGAUGCUGCUGAACAGAUCAUGAUUGAGCAGUUGGCUGAACACGGUGUCGAACCAGCAGAUCUUACGGCUCCCCUGAUGCAAAACGCUAGAGUCAAAAAUCCUUCAAAGACCCAGGAAGACGCUCCCGCUCCAUCAAAUCUCUCCGACUCUCAAUCAUUAAAAUCUCCUCCGCUUAGCGGCCCUCCUACUCCUUCAAUACCUCCGCCAUACGAGCAAGAGGUGCCGCCAGAUUAUUCUGUCAAAGAUCCAUCACAAUUGCCCGAUACAAAGAACAUCGAUAUCGACAUUCGAUGGACUGUUCUUUGUGACCUGUUCCUGGUUCUUGUAGCCGACAGUAUUUACGAUGGUCGUUCAAGGGCUCUCCUAGAAUUGGUUGGGAGUGCUCUCUCGGUGGACUGGCUUGAGAUUUGCCGAUUCGAGAAGCGCAUUACAGAUGCUCUGGAGAUGCAGCAAGAAGCUGACAAAGAGAAUUGGAACGAGGACGAACACACCGAUAAACGUCAAAAGAUGGCACGGAAUAGGAGACUUGUCAUGAUGGGCCUGGCUACGGUGGGAGGUGGGCUUGUCAUUGGUUUGAGUGCUGGUCUCCUCGCUCCUGUUAUUGGUGCUGGUCUUGCUGCUGGCUUCACGACCAUUGGCGUUGCUGGAACAAGUACCUUCCUUGGAGGCGUUGGUGGUGCGGCUUUGAUCACAUCCAUCGGAGUUACAACUGGAGGCACUAUUGCAGUUCGUGCAAGCAACCGACGAACAGGUCCAGUCAAAACUUUCGAGUAUCGGCCAUUACACAAUAACAAGCGCGUGAAUCUCAUCGUCACUGUGGCGGGCUGGAUGACUGGCAAGGUCGAUGAUGUUCGUCUGCCUNUUAGUACAGUCAAUCCUAUCAUGGGCGAUAUUUACAGUGUACACUGGGAGCCAGAAAUGCUGCAAAGUAUGGGUCAGACCAUUAAUAUUCUUGCAACUGAGGUAAAUAAGCAUUUUUCCGUGUUUGAACUUCAUGCUAAUAAUCGUAGGNCUCUCACCCAAGGACUUCAACAAAUUCUUGGCAGCACACUGCUUACUGCUCUCAUGUCUGCCAUGUCACUACCACUUGUGCUCACGAAGUUGUCAUACCUGAUCGACAACCCGUGGAGUGUAUCGAUGGCUCGUGCUGAUAUGGCUGGUCUCAUUCUUGCCGAUUCCCUGAUUGAUCGCAAUCUUGGUGUGCGACCAGUCACACUUGUCGGUUUCUCUCUAGGUUCACGUGUCAUAUAUGCUUGUCUCAAGGAGCUUGCCAACCGUGGCGCAUAUGGUAUCGUGCAGAACGUCUAUGUCUUCGGCAGUCCAGUGGUGUUCAAGAAAGAUGAAUACAUCAAAGCAAAGUCGGUCGUUGCUGGCAGAUUUGUCAACGGUUACGCUACAAAUGAUUGGAUCUUGGGCUACUUGUUCCGUGCCACAGCAGGAGGUAUCAUGCGAGUCGCUGGACUUGCUUCAGUUGAUAUACCUGGAGUCGAGAACUAUAAUGUUACGGAAAUUGUCGCAGGUCACAUGGCGUACCGUAAAGCCAUGCCAAAGCUUCUGAAAGAAGUAGGUUGGGCGGUCGACAGCGAAGAGUUCUCUGAAAUCGAAGAUCCGGAUCCGGACAACCAUGAGAAAAGACAACGAGAACUGAUCAACGAAAUCGAAGAGGCCAGGAAAGCUCUUGAGAAAAAGCCCGAGAAGAAGGGCUUCAAGGCACUUUUCAGUCGAAACAAGAAGAAUGCCGAGAAGAAGGAGUGGGAGACAUAUGACGAGAAAAUCAAAGCAGGACCGGCUGAUGAAUCUGCUGAUGGUUCUAACCAGGGAACACUUUUCGACAUUGAUGCUCUUCAGCACGAGGUUGCUGCACUCGCAGCUCAAGGUGUCGAGAUCAAAGAGAUCAAGGGCACACUUCCUCCGAUGAGGAUCGACACCACGAUCCAUCCAACUAACGGCGAUAGCUUGAAGAGUCCACCUCCAGGUCUUAGGCAGACCAAGAGCUUCAGUGGCUUCUCUGACGGGGCUCGAGAUUCGUCGAGCAGUAUCAACCAAACUAAUGGACUCAACAGAAACCAGCACUAUGACUACGACGAAUUUGAGUACAAUGCUCAGAAUGACUCCCAAAUAUCAAUGACUUUUGAGAGUCCUGAGCGGCCACGACCAACGUUCGGCGAUCGUCAAACCUCAAUGCACGGAUCGCCUGUUGCAUCACCAACAUCGUCGCAGAUUCCUAUCAGACCUGCAUUACAGUCAUCCAACACAAUGCCUGUUUCGAACCGAUCAGUAUCCAACAACACGCCCAUGUCUUACGAGCGAAAUGCGUGGGCAGAUGAUGACGAUGAUUUUGGGAAGGAGAAGGAGAUGUCGAUGACGUUUGAGUAG